AUGACCUACACAACUAACAGUAUUCUCACGCCACAUCGGCCGUCGCGUGGUGCCAUCAGCCGGGUCGCCUUACAUGCUGCAUACAGCAGGGCGGCGUUGAUUUGCCACCCGACGCAGCGUAGUCCCACGGAUGCCAUAAUGAAUAGCCAAACGACGGUUGAAGAAGAACCCCGUUCAGGUGAAGAAACUGUUGAAGAACAUCACAUUUGA